CCAUGAAGCAAUUGUGUGUGGUGUGAAAAAAACAAAGGGAAACUGGGCAUAGUUACGUAACAACAUAAAUUCUUUCUGACAUUUUAAGCUAUCAACCUGGAAAGAGGUUCCUUCCGUCAUGAUUGAACAACGCACGCAGCCGACACAAGUGCCAAAGUAACCGUGUGUGCAAGCAAACCAUGGAGGUAGAAAACUCCCCCGUACAUACACCGUGGUCGUGGAGUCCAUGAGCUAUCUAUUAUCUACCCUAUCUUCCAACAAGUACAUCCUGGCCCUCCCUCCACCAGAGGCAGAGGAGUAUUGCUCUAGACCAUGGUCGUACUGUGUGGUGCAAAAGUGCUUGGUCACGGCAUGGUCGAAACAAAUGCACACAUUACCACCAUACAAUAUUUGUAUUUGUAGUGUGUGUGUAAAGUUUAUGACUGACUGCUGCUAGGUGCAAAAACCGAAAACACAAAGCGUGUGUGCGGUGUGUGCAAACGUUUAUGGAGGUACACUUGUGCAAACAACUGGUCUCGUGACACCGGCACUAGACUAUAGACUAGACAAGGUGAAUACUGAAGUAUUGUUUGUCAAUGUGUUAUUGUCUCAGAGUUGAAAGAAGAUACUGAAUUAGCAACAGUGGACAUGGUGGACUGUUUUUAUCCUUCCUUCACGGUUUCAGCACAGUCACUGCUUCUUGAUGCAAGAAAACUGUAUGUUGAUGUACCGUACAACUUGACUUCAUGCGCUGAUGUGAUCUGCUGUUCUGUUCAGAAUUGCUUGGCCCAACUUAUUCACAAGGAUUUGUGAGUCUCAUUUCCGCUUUUUAAUUGUGCCAGCCUGCCAGGUGUACAUCUAAUCUGUUGCCAUGGAAAUCCUGAUCAUCAAGUUCAUUUUGCUGGGAACACUUUUUGUGACAUGCCUCACAGCAAGUUUGCUUCCCCUGAAAUUUGUGGAUGUUUUUAAUAAACGACAGGGACAAGCAGGCCUGGCACGUAAACACCUCAUGGAACGAGUGUUUCGUUUUCUAAACUGCUUUGGUGGAGGGGUGUUCCUCGCAACAUGCUUGCUGGAUCUACUGCCAGAUGUUCGCAGUAAACUCACUGACUUGUUCCCAAAACUAGGCAUCAAAACCAACUUUCCUAUUGCAGAGUUCAUUACCGCUGUGGGGCUUUUUUUGAUUCUCUGUAUUGAACAAAUCGCUCAUGACUUCAAGGAGAAGAGCUUUGAGAAGAAGCAUCACAAGGCACUUCAACAAAUCGACGAAGAAGAGCAACCCGAGGACGAAAGAAGUCCACUUUUAAAACACACUGCCACUAGCAGUGCUGCUGUUGAUAAUCAAGUCAAUACUGAACAACACAACAACCCUAGCAGCCAGGAAACCUUGCAACGAGAACUUAGUAACACUGGUAGUGUUCAGUCAGAGGGACAUGGUCAUAGUCACGGCCACAGUCAUGGAAUGAUUGAUUCUAACCCUGCUGAUAGUACUAUAGUCCAGCAUACUGACAGCCAUGAUAUGGUCACUAGCUCCUCCCUACGAUCACUGCUUCUACUCCUUGCCCUAUCACUACACUCAUUAUUUGAAGGCCUCGCCCUAGGUCUGCAGAGUAAUAUCGCACAGCUGUUAGGAAUCUUCUCUGCCAUUGUGAUCCAUAAAACCAUCCUAGCGCUUAGUCUCGGAGUUAACUUUGUUCAGAGUAACCUCCAUAAGGCAACAGUAAUUCAAUCUAGUAUUUGUUUUUCUGUCAUGGCACCAAUAGGAAUAGUCAUUGGUGUCUUAGUGACGGAAGGAUUUAACAGUAUUGCCCACGGCAUCACCAGUGGUGUCUUGCAAGGGUUAGCUACAGGGACAUUCUUGUAUAUAACUUUCUUUGAAGUACUUCCUAUGGAGAUGAGCCAGCCUGGAGAUAGAUUACUUAAACUCUUAUCCACAUUGAUAGGAUUUUCAGUAAUUGUGGGAACAUUGUUUCUGGAUCCUACGAUUAACAGUGGCAAUUAACACUAGAUCUUAAUACGUACAGUAGGUGGAAGGUAUUCAGUUUGCUGACAUGUACACAUGUUAUGUAUUAUUAGUAUUAGUAUUACUUAAAUUCUGUAUUUUGCAUUUGGGAUAACAAAUAUUACCCAUCCAUCGAUGUGUAGGGCUAUAUGAUCUACAUCUAUGUAUACUCGGUACUUUCCUAAGUCCAGUGAAAAACCCCGUACUAUCACUCGGAUGGUUGGUAGCUGGGCACUGUUAAUGGACCAACUCGGCCAUGGACCAUUACCACCACACAGUGAAGACCAGCUCCUCACACUGUUAUACAUGUAAUGGCUAAUUUAAUGCUGUAUACUGGAAAACAUAUGUCUGUAAGGUACGUCUUCAUAGCUAGGUCUGUGUCCAAAUUAGUGGCUGUGACUUCUUGUUAGCCACUUUUUAAAAUUAUGCAUUGAGGCAUCUAGGCUUCCCUAAAUCCACAGGCACACUCCUCGAAUUGGAACCAACGACCUUUGUCAUUCUAAAGCAGAUGUCUGGUUCACAGGUUGUUUCUUUCUUUAUGACUUAUCUUUGCAGUGUUUUAUUAACAAACACUGCAGAGAGAAAGGCAAGGACAAACGCGGAAACAAUGCAGUGAUGAUACACCACCAUUUCAGAACUUUGACCCAUGAUAAAAAACAAAUUAAUACCGCAAAGACCAAACAAUGACAAUAGGCAUUUAUCUUGACAGUGCAAUGAACUGUGUGUGUACAAACCAUUUUAAUGACUGUAUUGCAAAAUAUUCCCUCUUGUUGUGAAACUUGGCCAUCACCGUUGCUUAUAAUGGAGAAAAUUGCACAUUUCUAGUGUAGUUACAAUAAUUUCUUUUCCCCAAAAAUAAGUCACAAUCUUGUUGCAUCCGCACAACAAUAAAUUAGAAUGAUUUAAUGCAUUGUCCGAUUAACAAUAAACCAUUUUUAUGUGAUCCUUUUUAUGACCCAAUAAAAAACCAUGCUUUGGGGGGGGGGGGGGGUCUUAAUAUCAUGGCCAUAAUGUCAUCAUUAUGCAAAUGAUAACUUGGUCAUGUUUCAACUAAUCAUACGAACAUGUGGCAAAGUGAGGCUUUUACUUCAAUUCAAUUCAAUUCAAUUAAUCUUUGUAAAUGAUAGUCAUGCUGCAGUGAUGGUGAUAUGAAACCAGACAAACAUGUGUCAAGAUUACAACAAUGUGAGGCUAUUCACUCGCAAUGUACACAGUUUUACCUCAUAAUUUAAAACUACUAAAAUGUUGUUACAUGUUCCCUUUUUGUAUUGUUUACAAAAAUAUAAUGUAAAAUAAAACAUUCUAUAUCAAAUGAAGGUAAGCAUUUUUGUUUA